AUGACACUUUCCGUCUCCCUAGGCAUCGCUACUUUGGUUUACACCUGGAUGUCCCCAGGGUCUGUAUCUGGCCUUCGAUCGGCUGCGUUCACAGGCUCUGUGUACUGGCUGGCCGGGCUUGCCAGCGCGUUGUUCCCCGGCACCAGCGGCCUCGAUCCUGAUUUUGGUGGUCCGGGAUUCCCGCAAGGGCCCAUGUUCGCAUUGUUCUCCACGCUGGCCCUUGGUGGCUGGUUGCUGGAGGUGAUGACGACCAGAAAGAGGGGCCCAGUAGAGAGGGCCCAGACUAAGAGUGGAUGA